UUAAAUAGAUUCAAAAUGGCUUCCAGUAAACUCAGAGCGCUUCUCAGACCCGACAUCUUAUCACGUGUCAAGACAAAGAUGAACUUCGUGCGAGCUAUGAGCAGCGAAACAUUGCCCUGGUGGUAUGCGAACGCUCACCCGGAAAGAGAUCUCCCUCCCACCAUAUACGGAGGUCAGCACGUAGUAACAGCUGUACCAGGCGACGGAAUAGGACCAGAAAUGCUGGAGCAUGUCAAGACCAUUUUCAAGCACCUCCAAGUCCCGGUGACGUUCGAGGAAGUGCACGUGGGCCAUGAGAUAGAGACAGCAGACCUGGACAUGGUGCUGGAAUCAAUUAAGAGGAACAGAGUGGCACUGAAGGGUAACUUAGAGACACACAAAUUCAGAGAGGGCUACUUCUCCAAGAACCACUACAUCAGAGAGAGGCUGGAUCUGUUUGCAAGUGUGACCAGAUGUCACUCCAUACAGGGAGUGCCCACAAGACACAAGAAUGUGGACAUUGUUGUGAUCCGUGAGAACACGGAAGGAGAGUACUCUAUGUUGGAGCACCAGAACGUCCCGGGAGUGGUUGAGAGUCUGAAAGUGAUCACGAGGAACAAGUGCACCCGCAUCGCCAAGUACGCAUUCGACUACGCCAAGUCCCAUGGCAGACACCGCAUCACCGCCAUACACAAGGCAAACAUCAUGAAGCAAGCUGACGGCCUGUUCCUUGAGUGCUGCCGAGAAGUGUCCAAAUCAUAUCCGGAAAUAGAGUUCGACGCUAUGAUAGUGGACAACACAGCCAUGCAGCUGGUAUCCCGCCCGGACCAAUUCGAUGUCAUGCUCACGCCCAAUCUAUACGGAAACGUGAUCGUAGCCAUGUUGUGUGGUCUAACUGGCGGACCUGGACUGACUCCCAGCUACAAUCUAGGUCACUACUACAAGAUGUUCGAGACUGCCACCAGGAACAGUGGAAAGAGCCUGGCAGGACAGAAUGUGGCUAACCCAGUAGCCUAUUUGAGAGCAGCUGCAGAAAUGCUGAAGCAUCUGCAAUUGCCGCAUCAUUCUACAUUGAUCAACAAAGCUAUCUUCAAAGUUGUAGCCGAUGGCAAAAUCCGAACAGCUGACAUUGGAGGCCAAAACACGACAAACGAAGUAGUUGAUGCAAUUUUAUCGGAGCUACCCCCGAAUCCUGCGAAGAUGGCGGCCAGAGCUUAAUUUAAACACAGCAAAAUAACCUCAAAUUUUAUCGAUAGUCAUUAAACUCGUGGUCGAUUGAACACACAGAAAGAACUUUAAACUGCAAUUAGAUGAAUAAUGUUUAUAUUCUGUGAAUUUACUAAUAUUUACAUUCAGUGGGCAACAGUCUCAGUCGGAAAAAAUAGUUUUUUUU